AUGAAACGUUCCUAUUCUUCGUUAACUUCUUCGUCCAAACGUUUGAAAACAAAAGCGAAUUCCCUUUCAAAUCUUCCAUCAUUGACAUCCCAGUCGCUCACAUAUUUUCUCGACGCUUCUAAAGAUGCUUUCAUCAAUCGCUUCCAUCUGCCACCUAUACUCUUCAAACAUCAACUCUAUGCUUUCAAGUCAAACAAUCGGACACUGAUCGAUCAACAAUUACAAGAUAUGUUCAAUCACAAUCAGAUACGUCUAUUUCACUCCGAUUUCGGUAUUAUGAUCAUGUUUACUAAAGAGUACCAUCUACUUGUCGAACGUCAAUUGACUGAACAUGCUUUCUCAUCAUCAUCUAUUGAAAAAUCUCGUCUGAAACAACGUUUCAUACACGAUCUCCUACCAAAAUGUAUUCGAUUAUCCAUUGACAAGACUCUUCUCGAAAACGAAUUUCAACUGAACUCAAACGACAUUCAAUUACUCAUCCAACUAGGUUUAUUACUACCAAAACAAGUCGACGAAUAUUGGUUUUCCAUUCCGAACAUAUCGCCGUUGAUCGUAUGCUUAGAGAAGAGUCGACGUUUUCUUCUGCAAAUGCUAGCAAGACGAACAUACAAAGAAAUUCCUUUGGAAGAAUUUCGAUUGCGUGAUGUGAAGAAAAAAUGCUUAUUGGGAUUCGAUUAUCACAUCUACGACUUGAUUGGAUCAAAUCUCGCACAUCUGAUCGAUACACCCACCGGCUUUAUUGUACGAUCAGGACCUGAAAAAAUUUGA